AUGGCUACAAAAAGCAGGAAAAGGCACAGGGAGGUAGGGAAGCGGACACUCACAUGCUCUUUGUUCUGUGAUUGGCUGUUAGAUGUGUGGCAGUCAUACAGCGCCACGGAGAGCCUGAGGAACGGCGACGUCACCACUUCCUCCCUGGCCGCCAAAGGCUUCAGGAGCGUCAGGCCCAAUCUACAGGACAAGAGGUCUCCCACACCAGCCCCACCUCCUCCCAGUCAUAGCUCUCACCUGAGCCCUGUUGGCAGUUCCCCCUCAUCCUACAGCCUUCCUCUGCCUGGCCCUGGUGAAUGUUCCUCUAGCUCACUGGUCCUUAGGCACCGGUCCCACUCCUCAGGAACCAUGUCCUCCUAUUCACACUACCCAGAGAACACCUCUCUCAACCCCAACACCAGGUUAACUGUACCAAGCACCAGUAGCUCCUCCCAAUCUGUCUACAGUCAACCACAGGGAUCCGGCAUGGUCUCCCCAAGACUAACCCCGUUGCAAGUUACUGAGAGCCCUUACACCCCUGGUACAUGCCCCCACCAUGAGCCUGUCCUUAAAYACAAGCCACCCCUCCCCCAGAGAGAGAGACACACCUCCUCCCUGUCUAUCCGCAUCACCCCACCCACUCCCCUGGUGGUCACAGUGCCCCUGCUCUGCCAGUACACCCUCCCCUCAGCAGGGCCCCCGUGGACAGGACCCCAGGACACAGGGAUGGCUCUCCUGCUCUCGCCCCCUGCAGGCCGACAAGUGGUCCCUCCGAGACCGCCACACAGAAAGACAUCUCCUGAACCGACACUGCCAGCCUACCAGCCCCCCCUAAACAGGCCCUUUCAUAUCCGUCUCUCAUCUGACCCCUCAAAGUCCCCCAGCCUCCCUCCACCAGUCCCAGUGGGUCCCCGGACCCACUCCCUGCCCCCCCAGGGCCCCUCCACCCCCGAGCCCAGCCAGAGCGGGGCCAGCUCGGUCCUCAGCUGCUCCUACAGUGAUUUGUCCACUGCCGUUCUGGAGGAAGAGUUGCAGCACUGUGCCCUGCUGUGUGCCACCGACAGGAGUUCUCAAACGCCCUCGCCCACCCUCAGCCAGACGUCGGCCAUCACCGACGACACUGCGCUCACUGCCACUACCUACACCAUCGCCGUCGCUAAUAACUACAUGGCAGUGAAUGGGAAUGGCGGGAUCACGGGCAGCUCCUACAGUCACCUCCAGAGGCCCUUCUCCCCCAUGUCCUACCCCCCUCCUCCCCCACUCAGCCCCAGCCUUGGCCACUUAACACAGGCCAGGAGUGCAGAGGUCCGCUCCCCAGGCUACCCCCGUAUGAGCCGCCCGCCCCCCGCCACCCCAGCAGAGGAGGAGUACCAGGAGGUACCAGGAGCCCCAAGGGGAGGCGAGGGGGGGAAAGCCCCUCACCACGCAGGCAUCGGCCCUGUGGAUGAGUCUGGCAUCCCCAUCGCCAUCAGAACGACCGUGGACAGACCAAAGGACUGGUAUAAGUCCAUGUUCAAGCAGAUUCACGUGGUACACAAACCAGAUAGCCAUCAUCGCUCAGCCCCAGACUAUCGGCCAGCCAAGUCAUUGCAGACCCAUGCUCCGCCCCAGACCCACACGUACCGGCCAAUGACCAAGAGUGUGUCUGACAACGGCACGUGCAAUGUCUUCAGGAACACAAAUUCCUUAACCUCGACCUCACCCAUGCCCCCCACACCCCCUCCCAUACUCUCWUCGGCACAUGUUCGAGAAAGGGAGCGCGAGAGGGACAGAGAAACCAAUAUGGACCCCCUGACAGAAAGUGACACCAGGAAUAAUCGUGCAGAAACCUCGGAGCAUCUAUCGAACUAUGAACUGCGGGAAAUCUCAAUUUUGGAGCAGGAGAGACAGAAUACUAGUAACUCAAACCCCACUGAGGUAGAUUUAGAGGAUGAGCCUUGGUAUAAGUUCUUUGCUGAGCUGGAGUUUGGACGUCCGCCUCCUAAAAAACGUCUGGAUUAUAUAGUUGAGAGUUCACUCCAACAGGCCUCUGCAGACAGGAACACAGACAGGCCGUCAAGUGUCCACAGCUCAACCAGUGACUACAGGAAGAGGAGGAAGUCUGAGGUAGCAGCCCAGCAGCCCAGACCAGCCAGCACCCUGACCACAAGCCAGAGUACAUCCAGCAGCCUGUCAGGGCCCAAUAGCACCACCAGCCACAACCCAGGCUCCUGGCCUGUAAAAUCUCCCCGUAGCAGCAGUUACAGCAGCGGCCUCAACUCCUCAGGACGGCCCUCUGAACCCCCACGUAGCAGCAGUUACAGCAGCGGCCUACGCAAGCCUGUGGCAAGCUCCUCCCCUGCCUCCCCCUCCAGAGCCAAAGGUGGGGAUAUUAGCAACACAUACUCAGCCCAUUUCAGUUGUCCAGGUACCUCUCCAGGUCCCAACCACAAUACCUCACAUGACUCAGUGUUUCCUUGUCUUAAUGAUGAGGCUGUUGACUGUGUUGAGCCUCCUGAGGGCUCUGAUGAGAGCCCUGAUGUGUGUCUGAAGAACGGCUGGCAGGCUCAUGUCCAGAGCCAGAAUGCCGAGGCCUGGAGCUCUGUCGAGGAAAAGCCAGCCUCUCCCAAACUCAAGUCCUGGAGCUGUGACGACCUCCUGGCAGAAGAUAGAGGAUGUCCGGGAGGUUCUGUAGGUUCACAGGUUCGCUCCGAGAGUGUAGACUUCCUGUCACGUGAGCAGCAGGGCAAAGAUCACAGUGUCUGUGACAGCCCCCGGAGAGAGCGGACCCAGCACCACUCGGCCCACGAUGCACCAGGCUUCCUCAAGCUGUACAAGAAGAUGCACCAUAUCAACAGGCAGGAUCUGAUAGGCUCCCAAAGCUCCCAGGUCAUCUGCUCUGUGAAAGCCCGGAUCCUGGAGUACGAGAGCGAGCUGCACAAGGACCGGCUGGCCGGCUGGAGGGGCUACAGCGAAGAGGUGCCCCAGGACAUGGUGCACAACAGGAUCUCUGAGUUCGAGAGCCUCAUCCAGAAGUCUAAGUCCAUGCCCAACCUAGGUGAGGGUGAGGCUACCCCGGGGGGCCCGUCCGGGAGGGGCAGCAGCCCCCAGCGAUGCUUCUCCAUCGAGUCCCUGCUAGACGAGGACCCCCCUGCCAGGAACCCCCCUGAGGGCCAGCCUCACUACCCCAGGAUCAACGCCCCCACUACCAACAACUGUGUGCCCAUCCACAUCCAGAUCACUGGAGACCACCACCACGUCUACCCCCAGAGACCAGCAUCCCAGCAGGAAGUCUACUCAGACAGUGAUCACGACGCCAUCAGGUCCAACCUUAGUGACUUCAUCCAGAUAGAGGGAUCUUCCUUCUGUAGUGAGAGUGACUACGACCGCUGCUCUCGGACGUCGUCUGAGAGCCCCUACGGCUCAGGCCAGUAUCACCACCACCACCGUCAUCAUAACCUUAACCAGCAGAAGCACCUGGUCAGCAACUGUAAGAGCCGAUGCCCUGCCUCUUACACACGCUUCAGCACCAUGCUCAAACACGAGAGGGCCAAGCAGCUGACAGCCGAGGACCCAGAGUCAGCCCAGUCCAAGCUGGCCUUCCUUGUGAGUCCGGUACCGUUCAGGAGGAAGAGGGGCUCCRCUCCCCACAGCCACAGACAGGCCGUCUCCACUCGCAGAAGGUCCCCUCCCCGCUAUAAGAGCUCCAUGUAUGAGGCUCUGGACGAAGCCCUGAGGGACAUCUAUGAACACAUCCGGGCCGAGAGGAGGAGGGGCAGCCUGCCCGACAACAGAAUCCUCCACAGGCUCCUAGACGAGCUGCUGCCAGACAUCCCAGAGAGGAGCUCCUCCCUCAGGGCACUGUGCAGACGCAGCCCCAGCCCGGGACCCAGCCCCGUCCCUGGGCCCCAGAGCCUGGAGCAGGAGCAGCCAUACCCCUCUCAGCCUGACGGCAUGCCCAGCCCAACCUGCUACCAGCCUGAGUACAGCCGCCCUUCACACAGUGCCUCCUAUCACCUCACAGACCCCAACAACAACAGCCAUGUCUGUGAAGACGACUACUACCAAGACCAGGAACCCGCCAGYGGCCACUCUUACGCUGAUGGGGGCCGCCACACCCCCCAGAUCAGGAUGCCAACCCCUGAAGUCAGAGAGCCAGCCAGAGCUGUAUAUGACUUCAAGGCACAGACAGUGAAGGAGCUGACAUUCAGGAAGGGGGAGACGGUGUACAUCAUCAGGCAGAUUGACAACAACUGGUAUGAAGGAGAGCACCGUGGACUGCUGGGGAUCUUCCCCAUCUCCUAUGUGGAGAAAAUCCCUGUCUCUAAGAGGCAGCAGCCAGCCAGACCUCCCCCGCCAGCCCAGGUCAGAGAGAUUGGUGAAGCAGUGGCUCGCUACAACUUUAAUGCUGACACCAACGUGGAGCUCUCACUGAGAAAGGGUGAGAGGGUGAUUCUGCUGAGCCAGGUGGACCAGAACUGGUAUGAAGGGAAGAUCCCAGGGAGCAACAAGCAGGGCAUCUUCCCUGUGUCCUACGUAGAUGUAGUGGUCAAGAAGUCCCCCACUGCCAAGAACCCCGCCCACCACUACCUAGAACCCUCUUCUUUACCCCAGAGCCUAUCCGCUGACAGGAUUCACCCUGUGGGUUCGGCCAAGCCCCAACGGCCAUUGUUUACCCAAGAUGCCCUGAAUUGUGGUGGAGAGGCGUUCCAGGUCCUGUAUAACUAUGCUCCACGUAAUGAGGAUGAGUUGGAGCUCAAGGAAGGAGACGUUGUUGAUGUGAUGGAGAGGUGUGACGACGGCUGGUUUGUAGGCACAUCCAGAAGAAGCACGUUUUUUGGAACCUUUCCUGGAAACUACGUGAAGCGGCUAUAACCUUUUCAUACAGAAUUCUCAUGAUGUCCAGCAAAACCGCAGUGGUUGUAUAACUCAGUGGGUGAAUAACCAAUAUAUUCAGACMGCACAAAAACGUUACAUUCAUCUAUGACUAGUUAUUUUCAUUWAAAAAAAAACUUUUCCAGGAGUGACAAUGCAUUUACUAAUUUGAUGAAUGGGAGAAGAUAUGAACCCAGUGGCCUUGAAGGAAUAUAUUUCAUGUUUGAUUUAAGGGUAUUCUACUCUACUAACUGUGAUGAUGUCUCAGUUAUACAAUGGAUGCAACAAAUAAGGUUGAAAGCAGAUUUGGUCAUAAACAAAUGUUAGUUAUUCGUGCGUAAUGAGAGUUAUUUACAGUGAAGGGAUGCCUUAUAGACUAAUGGGUUUCACAAUAAUGAAGUAACCAAGUGCCCUAUUUACCACGUAUUUAUUUAUACAUAAAUAUAUAUUUUUCUUGUUCUGGAAGUACUCUAUAAUUGAUUAUGCUAAUUUACAUUAGGAGAGUGUAUUAUUAACKUUUUUGGAGAGGGGUUGUCCUCUUGCUUCAUACACUUAAAGUGCACAGGACCUGAGCUUGGAUCUGCACAGGCAGGCAAAAAGAGAUGACAGUGUUGUUGUGUUAGUUUUAUACAGGCAAUUAGGGUUCCUCCUAAAUGCAUCCGUUAGCACAUGGCUUUGGACAGACACAUAGUUAAUGUAUUCAGGCAGUUACCUCUGACUGGAGCUAAUGUCUGUUGACUUGUCCGGUUUUGUUUUUCUCUCCUGACAUUCCUAUAAGUAUUAAUAAAAGGAAAGAGAAGACUUUUAUGUAAUUGGACAAUAUAUAUUUUUUAAAAGCAAUGUCUUCUUUUUACAACUAGGGUAGAGUGAUCUGUUAUUUAAGAUUGUUCUUUAAUAUAUGAUCAUUUUACAAUAUUCUUUUUAUUGUGAACUGUCAAAUUAUUUGAAAUUAUUUAAAUAUCUUAGGGACAACUCACCUGCCACAUCCUGUAUAAAAGUGUUAAACAUAUUUGAUGUAAUUUAAUUUACUAUCUGGAUGCAUUCAACUGACUCCAAAUCAGCUUUUGAUUUAUGCAAUAACCAUUCUCCCAAAUACCUGCCUUUCUGUUCUAGAACACAGGGCAACAACAUGACAGAAGGAUUGGAAGUGAUGAUGUUGUUGAUGAUGACAUGUAAUAAAGUCACCAUGUAAAUUUGUGUUCACCACUGCCUAAACACUCCAUACCGUAUAGUCUGUCCUGUACAGUGUAUGUCCCUGUGAUUAAAAACCAUCCACUGCCUCGAUCAGUCAUCAGCAUGUAUUUCCAUUUCUUGCAUUAUUUCAGCAAUAGCAGGUAUGCCGGAGAGGGGCAUAACUUUGCAAACUAGCAUUUGGUCAACAUGUGAAGUCAUUGUCUAAGGAAAAACACUAGCAAUAUCAGCAAAAAUGAGAGAAAUAUGAAAUGUAAUUGUAUAUAAUCAGUACAUCAGAAAGUCUGUAGGAAGUAUGUACUGUAAGUAUACACAAACACAGUGAACUAUUGAUAUGGUGAUCAAGGAUCUACAUCAAGGAGGUGUGAGGAAUAUGGACAUGGCGUCAACUAUCUCUGGUCCAGAGCGUUAGUGCGACUUGCUAACACUGGGCCUUGAAUGCUCAGCGUUAGCAAACCACUCAACACCAUGUCUGCAAUACACAGUCACCACCCUUCCAAUACCUGGAGACCACCUUCUCCCCACGGGACACAGGAUGAGGUGUGGAGGCACAUUCACCCUCAAUGACAAUAUGUCUGUUUUUUCUUUCUGUAAUAUUGAUUAUCCAAUAAAUUCUGCCUGAAUGUU